AUGCAUCAACUUUGCGAGUGCAUGCAGAGUGUUGCACAGGAGAACGGUUGCACAAGGCCACGAUAUGUGCACUUGGAUGCUCAUCGAGUGCGUACAAGUGCGACCUCUGCCCUGCAGAAUCCAGCCACAGUAUGUGCCUGCGCCAUCACAAGCACACACAUGGGCAACAAGUUUUACAAGUGUGAUCUCAGUUCAGAAAGAGUGGGAAACUGCGAGACCACAAGAGAACACAUGCGAGUGAGAGGCCAUACAAAAUUCAGUCAUAGGACAACUCUGUUGUGUCAUGAGCGAAAACACACGGGUGAGAAGCCCUGCAAGUGCGAUCUCUGUAUUGCAGAGUUCAGCUCUGGUGCGGGCCUGUUGUAUCACAAGCGAAAACACAGGGGCGAGAAGCCCUAUAAGUGCGAUCUCAGUACAGCGGAGUUCAUCCAGAGUUUUAGCCUGUCGCGCCACAAGUAA